AUGGCAGGAGAAUCAGACGAGAGCAACGACAUAAGUGUGCGAGGUGAGGAGGGAAUUGACGGGGAAUGCUGGAGAAGGGAAGGGGAAGGGGAAUCAAGGAGUCUGGCAGGCUGGGAGAGUGAGAGACUGGAAGAGGAGGGACUGGGAGGCUGGACGGAGAGGGCAACGGCAAGGAUCCAUCAAAGUGACACGCAGAGGAGACAGAGACAAACAGACGCAGAAGCCACCGCUGUGGACGACUACCAGCGUUUUGGACCAUUGUGGGCUGCAGUGGAUGCGCUGAAAGACGUGCAGUGGGCUUUCCGUCCUUGCCGUCGGGAGGCAACGAAGGUGGAAGCGAUGGCUGCUGGGUUCUCGACCAAGCGAUGGGCACAAAUGUGA